GUUGCUGGUGGUCCUUCUGGUGUCCAACAUGCUCCUGACAAAGGAAGGAGUGACCUCCUUGCCUAUCUGCCCCAAUGGAUCUUCCAACUGCCAAGUUUCCCUUGGGGAACUUUUUGACCGUGCGGUUAAACUCUCACACUACAUCCACUUCCUCUCUUCAGAAAUGUUCAAUGAAUUUGAUGAACGCUAUGCUCAGGGUCGGGGUUUCAUUACAAAAGCUGUUAAUGGCUGCCACACUUCCUCCUUAACCACUCCUGAAGACAAGGAGCAAGCUCAGCAGAUUCACCAUGAAGAUCUACUGAAUUUAGUACUGGGAGUGCUGCGCUCCUGGAAUGAUCCCCUGAUCCAUCUGGCCUCUGAGGUACAAAGAAUCAAAGAAGCUCCAGACACCAUCCUCUGGAAGGCUGUAGAGAUUGAGGAACAAAACAAGCGGCUUCUAGAAGGAAUGGAGAAAAUAGUUGGGCGGGUUCAUUCUGGCGACAUUGGAAAUGAAGUUUAUUCUCAGUGGGAAGGCCUUCCAUCCUUACAACUUGCUGAUGAGGACUCCAGACUCUUUGCCUUUUACAACCUGCUGCAUUGCCUCCGCAGAGAUUCCCACAAAAUUGACAACUAUCUCAAGGUUUUGAAGUGCCGCCUAAUACAUGAUAGCAAUUGCUAAGUACUCCUGGGCUUCAUCGCUUACUAAAAUCAUUCAUCAUGGUAUUCUUGUUGCUUUGCCACUUUUCAUUGCAAACUUUACGAAAAGUCACACUGUACAGUGUCAGGAUCAUCAGUAACUUUCAGGCAUGUUUGUGUGAAUUCUGGCUGCAACUGUCAGUAUCAUUUAUGUUGGUGUUUUAAAAUGUUAUAAAUUACUUGUAUGACAAGAAUACACUUUUCUGUCUGAUCUCUUUACCCAGUAGCAUUUCAGUGAUAACUAUAUCAUGCAUAUACAAAUAAAAAUAUUAUUAAAUCCAAAACCACAUAACACCAAGUGGUAUCAAUGAAUGAAAAAUAGCUAGGAUGGC